AAAGCGUGAGCCACAUCCAUCUGUGGUGGUCGUGGUGUCACGAUGUCCACUGUGCCCACUGGUGUAACGUAACCAACGUAACUACAAAAACGUAACCGUUAUAACGUGGUUUAAACAUCAUAAUUUUGAACUAAGUAUAGUAACUACAGAUGUUCAGAACGUGGUUAUCUUUUCGUUACCUUUCGACAAAAGCUAGUUAUCUUAGUUUCCGCAGCCGUCCAAAGCGUCUGUCAGGUUAUAACUUGUUUUUGAAGACGAUCUGGCCUUCGUUGAGACAACUAAACCCAGGAAAAGAUUUCAAGCAAGUGGUCUCUAUAGCUGCCAAAAAGUGGAGAGCAGUGGAUGAGCAUACAAAACAGCUGUAUGCCAACAAAGCAAAGGAUAUUUCGGUGCAGCGUGAGAAGCAGUACAAUGAAUAUUUGUCCACUUUGAAAAUUGAAGAGAUUAUGGCUGCUGGUCGAAAGGCCAAGGAUCUGCACCUGAGGAGCAAGAGCAAUCAUUUGGAAGCAAAGGUACGACAACUAAAGAAGCCAGGGCCUCCUCGGUCAGCGUAUACUUUGUUCUGCAUUGAAGCCAGACAUCCUAACCUAAAAUUUACUGAAAGUUCAAAACUUCUGGCUGAAAAAUGGAAAAACCUGUCAGACUCUGAAAAGCAGGUCUACCAGCAGAGAGCGGAAGAGGACAAGAGGCGCUACCAUGACGACAUGAUUGACUGGGAAAUGUGCAUGCAGCAGACUGGAAAUUCACAAAUUCUUCAAGAAUAUUUUCAAGAAACGAGUAGUGCUGAUAAUGUAAAAAAGCACCUGGCUAAGAGGCUAACACAGUGUGAAGAAAGCUUAGGAGGAUGAGAAGUGCUGCCAGGAACACCUGCUGAAAAUGUUACAAAAACUGGUAAUGCAAAAAAUAGUUGCUUCAUUGGCAUGUGGUGAUAUUUUUUUUUAAAUAUUGAAACUGGACCUUUCUGUUAUGUCACCAUCAUGUUGACCAUACCACCACUUCAUUCUCAGCAUCAGUCCUACAAUAAACAAAUAAGAGCAAAA